UCUCGGGUUUCCUAUGCUUCGGAUACUUGAGACAUCUGGUAAUAAAUUUGAUGGAAGCUUGUCACCAAGUUACUUUAUGAACUGGAAAGCAUCAUCACUCACAAUGAAUGAAGAUGGGGGUUUAUAUAUGGUAUAUGAGGAGAAGCCAUACGACGAAAUCGGUUAUAGAUAUAUGAAUGUUAUAGAUUUGCAAUACAAAGGUCAACGUAUGGAGCAAGAAAGGGUUCUUACUUCUUAUGCAGCCAUUGAUUUCUCUAGUAAUAGACUUGAAGGACAGAUUCCUGAAUCCAUUGGUCUCUUGAAGGCACUGAUUGCACUCAACUUAUCCAAUAACGCCUUCACAGGCCCUAUUCCUCUGUUUUUCGCCAAUCUUAUGAAACUCGAGUCACUAGACUUGUCAAACAACAAACUAUCAGGGACUAUUCCUGGUGGACUCAAGACACUCUCGUUUUUGGCGUACAUAAAUGUGUCUCACAAUCAACUCAAGGGUGAAAUACCGCAAGGAACACAGAUUACUGGACAACCUGAAUCCUCCUUUAAAGGGAAUGCAGGGCUUUGUGGUCUUCCUUUGAAGGAAACUUGCUUUGAGAGUAAUGUGUCACCAACACAACAGUCUGAGGAAGAAGACGAAGAGGAAGAUGAACAAGUGUUGAGCUGGAAAGCAGUGGUUAUAGGAUAUGGGCGUGGACUGUUGUUUGGAAGAAAAAGACAUUAUUCAAAUUUCAAAGUGGUGAUGUGGCGAAGAGUGUGACACAUUCUUUUUGAAGUGAAGGGCCUUAAAAAAAACGAUUGAAGGUUUGAGAGUGAAAACAUAAACGGAAACAUAUUGAUUCUCCCACACAUGGAUUAU